CGUUAUGAACCUCCUUCUUUCGGUGUAUUGAAUUUAUGAAAUUGAUUUUCGAAUGCUACCUCUUGGAUUGUUUUUGCAAGGCUGAGGUGCCACAAGCAGUGAACAAUGCUGGGAAUUUCGUAUGGAGAGCUGUUUCUGUUGAUUGGAGCUACUGCUGCUUUGAUCGGCCCAAAGGAUUUGCCAAGGAUUGCUAGAACGGCAGGGAGGCUAGCUGGCCGAGCUGUUGGAUACGUGCAGUUGGCUCGUGGCCAGUUCGACUCUGUUAUGGAGCAAACUCAAGCUCGCCAGGUUCAUAAGGAAUUGCAGGAUACAAUGGCCCAGCUAGAUGCCAUACGGCAUGAAAUUCGAAGCAUAUCAAUCAUAAAUCCUGGUCCUUUGACCCGGAGGCUUGUGGAUAAUAUUGACCUCAAAUCUACCUCAGAUGGCAAUAGUAAACCAGAAAGCACUAGUUGGGAGAAUAACUCAGCAUCCACUGUUUCCAAGGAUUCUGCUUCACUGCCUUCAGAUCCAUGCAAUAUGCAUCGUCAAACUACUAUUGGUCUUGCCAAUAGGAAACCAGAAAACAUUAGCGGAAAGAAUGACUCAGUGCUCUCUGUUAUCAAGGAUUCUGCACUACCAUCCUCAGAUUCAUGCAAUAUGCAUUGUCAAGCAACUACCUAUGCCAGAUUGGCUGAGUCUCCUGCCAUAAAGAAUAACCUGUCAACUAGUAAUACUGAAGUGAGGAUUGACAACGAACAGCCCCUUGCUGUCAUUCCAAUAUCUGCCGAAGAUGCUGGACUGUCACCGAAUCGCGGGGGUGAUGAU